AUGUUUGAGUUUAUCACUUCUUUGUUCAAACCAACACCUGUGUCAGCUGAGACCAAAAAUGAGAUUGAGAAGCUAAUUGAAUCAAACAAGGUUAUGGUAUUUUCAAAGACGUACUGUCCUUAUUGUACCCUGACCAAGGAUCUUCUAUCUUCUAAAACGAAGGAAUUGAAGGUUUUGGAGUUGAACACCUUAGCAAAUGGAAAGGAAAUUCAAGAAGGUUUAAGAGAAAUGACAGGACAAAGUACAGUUCCAAAUAUCUUUAUAAAUGGGAAACAUAUUGGAGGAAACUCUGAUUUACAGUCGCUAGAUAGGUCGGGAAAAUUAGUACUAUAG